CCUGGGAGCGACCACCUGAGUGGAUGGUGGGAUCCCUGAACCGUGUUAUGGAGGAUUCCGGUGAGCCCCAGUUGGAUGCUAAGUCCAAGGUCACCAACCAGCUCAUAGAUUUUCAGUGGAAGCUGGGUAUGGCUGUGAGCUGUGACAGUUGCAGAUCUCUUAAGUAUCCUUAUGUUGCAGUGAUGCUGAAAGUGGCAGAUCAUUCAGGCCAAGUGAAGAACAAGUCCUUUGAAAUGACAAUCCCACAGUUUCAGAAUUUCUACAGACAAUUCAAGGAAAUUGCUGCAAUUAUUGAAACUGUGUGAAAACUGAUUCUAAACCGAAAAUAAUCUAAAAUCACGGACUUCACUUUCUGCAACAAAGCUGCUUAAGGAUCGAAUGAUAUUUAUUGAAUGAAAAUUAUACUUUUGGUUUUCUACUUUUUAAAAUAAUAAUAAAAAAAAUCAGACAAACAGGAAUUACAAAGUGGUGAUCAAUGCACA